AUGCACCUGAAAAUGACAAUCUUGGAAGGAGAGGGCCCCAAACAUCAUGAGACAAAACAUAAGACCAUUGAGUCAGAGAAGAAAGCGGCUGUAUUCAUCCAGGCCUGGUGGCGGGGAACCUUGGUGCGCAGGACCCUUCUGCACGCGGCAUUAAAGGCUUGGGUCAUUCAGUGCUGGUGGAAGACCACAUGUGCCAACAAUUUAGAGAAAAGACGACGAGCAGCACUAGGGAAAUAUGUCCAGUUUGAAAGGGCAAUUGUCAGACUACAGUCCUGGAUCCGCAUGUGGCUCAUCCGGCUUCGUUAUUGCAGGUUACUUCAUGCAGCCCGCAUUAUCCAGCUGUAUUGGCGUUGGCAUAGUUGCCACACCCGUGGCUUCAUUCAGGGCCACUACGACCUCAAAGGAAAUCAUUUACAAUUUCACCUCGAAGUCUCUCUGGGCUCAGAGGCUUGCAAAAUACAGCAAUGCGUAUCCCUUCCAAUAAAGGAAUGA